CCGGAUGGCUAUUCGGAAACGCCGUUGAGCAGCAACACGAUCAGCUCUCUGGUGAACAUGGGUCGCCACUUCGGAGACUUGGCCAAGGUCAGGCAUAUAAUCACCUACAGUCUGUCCCCCUUUGAGCAGAGGGCUUUCCCCAACUACUUCUCCAAGGGAAUCCCAAAUGUGUGGAGGCGGUUCUCAACCUCAUUCUUCAAAGUUGCCCCCCCAAUGACUCUGAUGUACCUGACAUACACCUGGGGCAACAGUGUUCAUGAGCAGGGCAAGCGGAAGAAUCCUGCUGACUACGAGAAUGAUGAAUAAACUUCAGCCACCUUUCUGAAUGCUGCUUUCUGUUAUUAAUUCCAGCUCCAUAAGUUUCACCAAUAAAGAUGAAUAUGAUA